GCAGGCGAUAGAGUGUACAUAAUACGAGACUUAAAUAAGUCUUACAUAAAAGAUUUUAAGUCGACUCGUUUACAUAGUUAAUUUUACAGUUUUUUGAAGUUAUAUACUGUUGUGAAAACACAGUUUAAGUUAAAAGACAUAAUGAAGAAAUAUUAUAUGUUGUUUGGAGAAGGAAGUAAAGUUAAUCAAAUAAUAUGUGCUAUAUUAAUAAACCUGCCUGUGUUCGUGUACGGUGCCGCCAUCGGUUGGAUGUCACCAAUGACUCUGCUGCUGCAGUCGAAAGACUCGCCAACAGAAGUCCCACUCACCGACACCGAGGUAUCGUGGAUGGCAGCAGUGGCAUACUUAGUGUGUGUAGUGUUCGACUUCGUCAUGGCGUUUUUGUGUGAUCGGAUUGGAAGGAAACUGACCCUCAUCUUCAUGUCAGCUAUGGGCGCUGUCUGUUGGAUUAUAAAACUGUCUUCACUGAGCACUUGGGCCUUCAUCUUAGCGCGGGCGGCGGUGGGCGUGACAAUGGCGGGGGCCUACGUCACCUGCCCGCUCUACACUAAGGAGAUCAGUGAGGACAGCAUCCGGGGAGUGCUGGGAACUUUGGUCAUAUUGUUCCACACGACCGGCAACCUGUUCCUCUACGUGAUCGGAGACUACUUCAGCUACCACACCAUCCUGUGGGUCUGCCUGUCCCUGCCCACGAUACACUUGGUGCUCUUCAUGAUGAUGCCUGAAUCCCCUUCAUUCUUAGUACGAAGUGGAAAAGAGGAGGAAGCGAAGCGGGUGCUGGCGUGGCUGCGCUGCAGAAGCGAAGAAGACACAGAAGUGCGUCGAGAGCUUCAGGUGAUCAAGGACGAACAGACGAAGGACGAGAAGAGCAGCAACUUCGUGCUUAAAGCAGUGUUAUCAGACAAGAUCCUCUUCCGCGCAUUCCGCAUAGCGAUGGUAGCUACGCUGUCCCGCGAGGUGUGCGGUUCGGUACCGGUGCUGAACUUCGCGGGCGACAUCUUCAACAUGGCCUCCCAGGGCUCGGGGCUCCGGCUGACGCCCAACCAGCAGGCGAUGAUGCUGGGUGCUGUGCAAGUUGCUGGAUCAUUACUAGCUUCCAGCAUUGUGGAGAAGACCGGAAGGAAGCCUCUCCUCUUCUCCACAUCGCUCGUAUCCGGUCUCAGCAUGUGCGGCCUCGCGACCUACUUCUUGGCGAAGCAGAUGGGAUUCCUCGCCCCCGACUGGCUGCCGAUCUUCACGCUGUGCCUGUGUAUCUUCUGCGACGCUGCUGGCUUACAGCCCGUGUCUGUUUUACUCACUAGCGAAAUAUUCUCAUUUAAGUAUCGUGGUACAAUCAUGGCCACAACCAUGGCGACAGCUUCUGUAGCCGACUUCCUCCAAAUGCUGUUCUUCAAGCCUCUAGCCAACAUUGUGGGCAUACACGUAGCCUUCUACUUCUUCGGGUUCAUCUGUAUCAUCUGUUCAGUUUAUGUGCUCCUGGUCAUCCCGGAGACCAAGUCGAGGAGCUUAGAAGAAAUUCACCUGGACCUCCGGACGAAGAAAGAAAAGGCCUUGGACGACCCGGCCAAUUUGAAGAAGAUAGAAGCUUUAGAAGCGUAAUAAAAUUAGUUGGCA